AUGGAUACUUCAAGAAUUGCAGUAAAUGGUGUUUCUUAUACCGAGGCAGCAGAGAUCUACAAACCACAUGCUGAUCCGUUCACUGGUCCAAUAACAAAUCUUGCACCUUGGAAUUUCGCAGUUUUGGCUACCUUGAUGUUUGUUAUAACAUCUCUGUCUCUCUUUGAAAAUUUCACUGUUAUGUUGGCCACAUACAAGUUCAAACAGCUGAGACAGCCCUUAAAUUAUAUCAUAGUUAAUUUAGCUCUCGCUGAUUUCCUUGUGUCACUCACCGGUGGAACAAUAAGUUUUCUAACAAACGCCAAAGGGUAUUUUUUCCUUGGAAAUUGGGCUUGCGUUUUGGAAGGUUUUGCUGUCACCUAUUUCGGUAAGUUCAGCAUGGAUUGUGGUUAUGUAUUUGAAUAAAUUAGCUGCUGGUGUAAUGGCACACUUGCUGCAGGUGUCAGUGUUGGAGCUGUUUAGAUUCCAAAGUGUAGCCAAAAAUAUAUAAUUUGAAAGUCAAAGACUGAUUGAUUGUUUGAUUGACUGUUUAUUUGUUUGUUUAUUUGAUUGGUUUCUUAGAGUGUUUUUUAAAGACAGCCCAAUAGAAGCCAUCCAUUUUUUGUAGUGCAGUUCUUUUAAAGCAUUUUGUUGCGGUGAAAAAUGAAACUAAAACUGAUGGUAAAAUGACACACAGACAGAUAUGAUCGUGUGAUAACAUUUUUUAAAAAUGUGAAUAAAUUAUCUAAUUUAGGAAACACAUACAUUGUUGUUCCACAACAUAGCCUUAUAGGCAACAGUGUCAACAGUGAAAACGGUUUAUUUGUUGCUGGGAAAGUAGGCUUAAGUAGGCUACAGUAGCUAUGUAGAAAUAGUUGUCCCUACGCAAAAUCUCAUUACAUCAGAAGGCAGUAAUCUGUAUAUUAUGACAACUUAAUCCAUUUGUUUUUGAGCUGGUUUGUAUGUAAGGUAUGCUGAGAGAGGUGCAGCCCCUGGAGAGAGUAUGCCACAAACGCAGUAGUGGGUUAUUUCCCUGCUGGUCUGAGGGAUAUGCAUCGGCAGUCUAGGUUAGGGAUUAUGACAUUCAAUAAAGGUUUGAGUUUCAAAAGCUUUCAGGGAAGUAUUUAGACUUCAGAGAACAUGUUGCCCAGUCUCAUAUGUCUUUGGGGAUUAGUGUGUAUUAGUUGAUCGUGAUGGAAUAGAAUCAAGAUAGACUAUACACAAGUUGCUGUUCUGAUCCCACAGGAUAAAUGGUCAAACCCUCUGUUCAUUUUUUAGGUCAAAGAAGGUUCCUUAAAUGCACACAGCUGUAUGUAUUGUUAACAUAAUAAGUAUACCUGUGUAAUAACAUUGUCAUUACAUUAGUAACAGCAUUGUAUUAACAUAAAACAUGAGCAUAUUAUUAGUAUUGCAAUGGAGUUGAGCAGUUUUUAUGAGUACAAAAAAGGAAUGGGGGCUGCUCCUUAUUUCACAUGGGACCCAAAUAGCACUUAUUUGGGUCCUUUAUAUACUUUUCUACAACAACAAUUCUGAAUCAAAUGUAGUGUUAAGGAGAGAGUAAGGGUACUGUAGCUGUGCCCCAGAGACGGUGGUAAUUAAGCAAGCCUUUGAGAGUGAGUUAUUACUGUAAUUAACAUUAACAUUUACGACUUACAAAUUGGUGCAUUCAACUUAUAAUAGCCAGUGGGACAACCACUUUUUUUUAUGGGGGUGUGGGGGAGGGGGGGGGGGGGGGGGGUGGUAGAAGGAUUACUUUGAUACUAUUCCAGGUAUUCCUUAAAGAGGUAGGGUUUCAAUUGUCUCCGGAAGGUGGUCAGUGACUCCGCUGUCCUGGCGUCGUGGGGGAGCUUAAGCACAGCUUUUUCACUCCAUUAGGAAGCAGCCUAAUGUACCUUUACUGCGCCAUUAGCCUAUUUUAGGUAAGUGUACCUCAAUAUUUACCUCUUACAUGGAUUAUAGAUAUCCUGCUAAUUACUGUAGCUGUAGCUAUACCCUAAGUGCUGUCACAUUUGAAUUGAGAUAACUCAAGAAUGUCUCCCUCGGCCUGUGGCUCCAUGUAAGAUCUCACCUCGUGGAGUUGCAAUGAUCAUGAGAACGGUGAGGAAUCAGCCCAGAACUACACGGGAGGAUCUUGUCAAUGAUCUCAAGGCAGCUGGGACCAUAGUCACCAAGAAAACAAUUGGUAACACACUACGCCGUGAAGGACUGAAAUCCUGCAGCGCCCGCAAGGUCCCCUUGCUCAAGAAAGCACAUAUACAGGCUCGUCUGAAGUUUGCCAAUGAACAUCUGAAUGAUUCAGAGGAGAACUGGGUGAAAGUGUUGUGGUCAGAUGAGACCAAAAUUGAGCUCUUUGGCAUCAACUCAACUCGCCGUGUUUGGAGGAGGAGGAAUGCUGCCUAUGACCCCAAGAGCACCAUCCCCACCGUCAAACAUGGAGGUGGAAACAUUAUGCUUUAGGGGUGUUUUUAUGCUAAGGGAAAAGGACAACUUCACCGCAUCAAAGGAACGAUGGACUGGGCCAUGUACCAACAAAUCUUGGGUGAGAACCUCCUUCCCUCAGCCAGAGCAUUGAAAAUGGGUCGUGGAUGGGUAUUCCAGCAUGACAAUGACCCAAAACACACGGCCAAGUCAACAAAGGAGUGGCUCAAGAAGAAGCACAUUAAGGUCCUGGAGUGGCCUAGCCAGUCUCCAGACCUUAAUCCCAUAGAAAAUCUGUGGAGGGAGCUGAAAGUUUGAGUUGCCAAACGUCAGCCUCGAAACCUUAAUGACUUGGAGAAGAUCUGCAAAGAGGAGUGGGACAAAAUCCCUCCUGAGAUGUGUGCAAACCUGGUGGCCAACUACAAGAAAAGUCUGACCUCUGUGAUUGCCAACAAGGGUUUUGCUACCAAGUACUAAGUCAUGUUUUGCAGAGGGGUCAAAUACUUAUUUCCCUCAUUAAAAUGCAAAUCAAUUUAUAACAUUUUUGACAUGCGUUUUUCUGGAUUUCUUUGUUGUUAUUCUGUCUCUCACUGUUCAAAUAAACCUACCAUUAAAAUUAAAGACUGAUCAUUUCUUUGUCAGUGGGCAAACAUACAACAUCAGCAGGGGAUCAAAUACUUUUUUCCUCACUGUAGCUUAGAACGGACAACCAGUCCUUUUACAUAGCAACAUUACCAAAAUAACUAGACAGACUAUACUGUAUCUUCUUCUCAAAAUAAAGUUUUUAAUGAAAAUAUGUAAUUUAUUGUUAUUUUAAUGUUAGUAAUCGUUUUAUUAAAAGCAAUAAGGCACGCAAGUCAGUGCUUUGUAAUGAAUAACAGGUAAAUGGGUUAAGUAGUGAUGUGGCUUCUGGGUCCUACAUAAUGCCCUGUGACUGUAUCUUCUUUCAGGGAUUGUGGCUAUGUGGUCCCUGGCGGUCCUGUCCUUCGAGCGCUACUUUGUGAUCUGCCGGCCUCUAGGGAACGUCCGUCUGAGGGGGAAGCAUGCAGCACUGGGCCUGCUGUUCGUCUGGACCUUCUCCUUCAUCUGGACUAUCCCUCCUGUGUUCGGCUGGUGCAGCUACACUGUCAGCAAGAUUGGCACCACCUGCGAGCCCAACUGGUGAGAGGCAACUGAGAGCAGAGAGCACACAUCCUAUAGUAAACAUACAGCAACAUAAACCUCUUGUUUGUAUCAUACAUGCACGUAGGUACACACAGGUCAUUAUUGAAUAGCAGUGGCAUUUUCUAAUUGCAGUGGCAUUUGGGCAUGGCAAAAAUGGUUGUAUGAACUACAGAUAGCCCCUUUAAAUGAGUAGUUAACAUUGUCAUAAAAUGACUGGGCCAUAUAGAAAAUGGUGGUAAUGUCAUUCAAAUGUUUAUGGUCUACUUUCCUCUGUCCUCAGGUACUCCAACAACAUUUGGAAUCACACCUACAUCAUCACCUUCUUUGUGACCUGCUUCAUAAUGCCCUUGGGGGUGAUCAUCUACUGCUAUGGGAAGCUCCUACAGAAGCUGAGGAAGGUCAGUUCCCAUAUAGACUACUGGAACUACUGGGAGAGGAUGCAACUGAACCAAAGUAGUCAUUGGCUGACUAGCAAGCACAUGCUUGGGCAUAUGUUUUGUUCUAGGAAUUGUUUAGCCAUUAUGUCCUGGUGUAUUCAAGCCUUUCAGGUCAAUUCUUAAAGUCCAGUGUAGCUCUGUUGGUAGAGCAUGGCGCUUGCAACGCCAGGGUUGUGGGUUUGAUUCCCACGGGGGACCAGUAUGAAAAUGUAUGCACUCAAUAACUGUAAGUCGCUCUGGAUAAGAGCGUCUGCUAAAUAACUAAAAUGUUAAAGUCUUUAAAUGAACUCAAACAACAGACUUUAUAGCUCAAUAACCAAAGCUGUUUGUUGCCACGUCAAUCCUCAGGUGUCCCGUGGCAGGCUGGGUAACGCCAAGAAACCGGAGCGUCAGGUGAGCCGCAUGGUGGUGGUGAUGAUCGUUGCUUACCUGGUGGGCUGGACACCCUACGCAGCCUUUUCCAUCAUUGUCACAGCCUGUCCCACCAUCUACCUGGACCCGAGACUGGCUGCCGCACCCGCUUUCUUCUCCAAGACGGCUGCAGUCUACAACCCAGUCAUCUACGUCUUCAUGAACAAACAGGUAUCUCACUCUUUUCCUCCUGAACGCAUGGCUACUUAUGACAUUCUCUGGCUUGUUCAUUUCAUUGGAAGCUAACACAUUAUGGAUCUGUGAUAUUGCUGUUAUUAUUGUUGUCCAAGGGUAUAGACAACCAUUCCCAGGUGUACUGGGAAUAAGGCCAGGAUACAAUCAGAUCAACAGUAACACGCGUUAUCCGUGUGUUAAACACAUCGUUUGUGAUUGCUUUUGUUUUGGCGGUGUCGGAGGUGUAACUAUGUUAGAGCUGUCAAAUCCACAAGCGGCUGCUGGCGUUACCGAUCGCGGACAUGCCAUUGGAUGCACUGAAUUGCAUUAGUAGAAAUCCCAUGCAGCUACAUUACAACAUUUUAACACUGGAAUGUGUUAGAUAAUUUACACCUCGGUUAGGCUUCUAUAAAUCCCUAGUAUUGGUUUAAUGAUUUUAAAUUUGAGUGUCAUUAUUUCUAUAUAGCAUACACUUUCUCAUUCUGAACUUCUAACGCGGGUCGGAUUUAAGGACAGGUGUGGUUUCAUGACAAUUACCACAAGAGCAGCCACUUACCGAUUUGACAGCUCUAACGCAAUUACACCGCUGACACGCCUAAACAAAAGCAAUGAUAAAUUAUGUGUUUGUCGGCUAACAUGGGUUACUGCUGAUCUGAUUUAAUCCUGGCCUAAAUUUCUUAUGAAUUCUCUAAAUUCUGCAAUAUGAAUGGAAAUACAAUUCGGCCGUUUUCAGGAGAAAACAUGCCCACCAGUUCUCUGACAGGUUGUGGCAAGUCUCACUCAACUGACACAGAGCUGAGAGGCAUCAUCAAUCGUUAGUCCUGGGAUGAAAGCCUUUGAGGAAAACUCAGCUGACAGUUAUUUUUCAGCCUGUUGUUGUUGGGUGUUAGCCUGUCCUUAAAUAAUGUAUGGUGUAUGAAUAAAUUACAUGUGAAAUCCAGAUUGUAGAACUGUCCAUGCUGGAUGGCUGCUUUAAAAAUGCAUCAGUUCCUCGAUCCGCAGGCAAGUACCAGUUUGUUUUGCAAUUAUAAAAAGGUAUUCUGCACAUUGAGCAUGGGAUAUGCGCUAUACAAAUGCAUUAUUGUUAUUAUCAGCGGUUCUUGAUUUCUCUUGCUCCUCUGCUCAUUAAAAGGGAGAUUUACAGUGCAUUCGGAAAGUAUUCAGACCCCUUGACUUUUUCCACAUUUUGUUACGUUACAGCCUUAUUCCAAAAUGGAUUUAAAACAAAAAAUCCUCAUCAAUCUACAUACAAUACCCCAUAAUGACAAAACAAAAACAGGUUUUUAGAAAUGUUGGCAAAUGUAUUAAAAAUAAGAAACUGAAAUAUAACAUUUACAUAAUUAUUCUGACCCUUUACUCAGUACUUUGUUGAAGCACCUGUGCGUACAGCCUUGAGUCUUCUUGGGUAUGACGCUACAAGCUUGGCACACCUGUAUUUGGGGAUUUUCUCCCAUUAUUUUCUGCAAUUCCUCUCAAGCUCUGUCAGGGUGGAUGGGGAGCGUCGCUGCACAGCUAUUUCCAGGUCUCUCCAGAGAUGUUUGAUCGGGUUCAAGUCCAGGCUCUGGCUGGGCCACUCAAGGACAUUCCGAGACUUGUCCCGAAGCCACUCCUUCGUUGUCUUGGCUGUGUGCUUAGGGUCGUUGUCCUGUUGGAAGGUGGACCUUCGCCUGAGCGCUCUGAAGCAGGUUUUCAUCAAGGAUCUCUCUGUACUUUGCUCCGUUCAUCUUUCCCUCUAUCCUGACUAGUCUCCUAGUCCCUGUCGCUGAAAAACAUCCCCAAAGCAUGUUGCUGCCACCACCAUGCUUCACUGUAGGGAUGGUGCAAGGUUUCCUCCAGACGUUACGCUUGGCAUUCAGGUCAAAGAGUUCAAUCUUGGUUUCAUCAGACCAGAUAAUCUUUUUUUCUCAUGGUCUGAGAGUCCUUUAGGCUGUCAUGUGCCUUUUACUGAGGAGUGGCUUCCAUCUGGCCACUCUACCAUAAAGGCCUGAUUGGUGGAGUGCUGCAGAGAUGGUUGUCCUUCUGGAAGGUUCUCCCAUCUCCACAGAGGAACUCUGGAGCUCUGUCAGAGUGACCAUCGGGUUCUUGGCCACCUCCCUGACCAAGGCCCUUCUCCCCCGAUUGCUCAGUUUGGCUGGGCGGCCAGCUCUAGGAAGAGUCUUGGUGGUUCCAAACUUCUUCUAUUUAAGAAUGAUGGAGGCCACUGUGUUCUUGUGGAUCUUCAAUGCUGCAGAAUAUUUUUGGUACCCUUCUCCAGAUCUGUGCCUCAACAUAAUCCUGUCUCGGAGCUCUACGGACCAGUCAUUCGACCUCAUGGCUUGGUUUUUGCUCUGACAUGCUCUGUCAACUGUGAGACCUUAUAUAGACAGAUGUGUGCCUUUCCAAAUCAUGUCCAAUCAAUUGAAUUUACCACAUGUGGACUCCACUCAAGUUGUAGGAACAUCUCAAGGAUGAUCAAUCGAAACAUGCUGCACCUGUGCUCAAUUUCAAGUCUCAUAGCAAAGGGUCUGAAUACUUAUGUAUUAUGGGGUAUUUUGUGUAGAUUGAUGAGGGGAAAAAACAGUUUAAUCAAUUUUAGAAUAAGGCUGUAACGUAACAAAAUGUGGAAAAAGUAAAGGGGUCUGAAUACUUUCCGAAUGCACUGUAGAUUUAGAUUUACGCAAAGCCACAAUGAAUUUGGUCAGUGAUAAACAUUAAAAUACAAAGCCUCAUGCGCGUGCUUUCUCGUUCCCAUUGUGGUGAUAAAGAUGGUUUCUCGGGACUGAUGGCUUCUAUGGCGACCAAAUAGAGCCAAAUAAAUAGUAUUCUCUCUGAUAUAUGGCCCAUUUAGGACAUCAAAAAUCUUUACAUUCAGCACAAAACAGACAGGUGUCAACUUUCACUUCCAGGCUGCAUGUAUAUGCGCAAGUAGCGAGAGGAAUGGGAACGAUAAACCUUUCACUUGAUUCCAACCAAAUAGAAUAGAACAUUGCGGAUAAAGUUUGAAAUGACACAAUUUCAUGUUUACAACAUCUAAAGACCUGCAUCACUAUACUGGGAUCUUUGCCGUUUCUAAAAAGUGGUAUUUGGGUGUUUUUUAAAAAUGUAUUCAUGUUUUCUGCAUGCCCUCAUACUGCCAAAUGAGCCUGAGGUCUAUCACUGUGGUGGGGUAUGUUUUUUAAAACCAAGUAAAAUCACAAAAACAGUGUCUACAAACUUCAAUAGCAUGCUGUUUACAUAAAAAUGAGAUCUGGUUUUAAAAAACCUGAACGUAAGUAAAUACUUGGUUAACUGUCCUGUAUAGUAUACUGUAUUGGUCAGGGAGAUUUUGGUCACCCGGUGGGAGUCUGCAUGAAUUCUGCCUGUCCAUCUGACUGGCUGCUCCACUUUAGAUCUGUCCUGUAAAUAGGUCACUGUAUUUAUAAAAGAGCAGGAGAUGUGAAUAAAUGUAAAUAAGGACAGCUAGCAGGCAGAUCCUGAUUUCAACAUAUCUCAGAGGUAGGACAGUUGUAAAAGUCAACUGACCUCAAGCAAUGGGGUGGUCUGUGUGGAAGUUACAUAAUAGUGUUAGAGAGACUUAGGAGGCUUAGGAUGACUUCUAUACAGUAAAGCAGAUUCAUACCAUAGACAGGUGCAAAGUAUAUCAUACACAGGUCACAGCAAGGUCAAGGAGGAACAUUCUACCAUUAUCCUUUGAUAUUUCUUAAAAGAAAGGGCUUUGAUCUUACAAGGCCAGUCCCUCAAAAUACAAAUGAAGAACCACUGUCCCCAAAGAUCAAAGUUGUCAGGCAGAAGUUGUUGAAUAAUAAUUGAGCAAAUUAAGUAUUGUCUGUGGCUGUGUAAUGUAAAUAUGGUUGGCAUGCCAUAGUCUCUCUAUUGUGCCAUAUGGCAUCUUGGGACUGUACUCUGCCCAGUCCCAUAGAGGGGCACAGACACAUGAUUGAAACAUUGUGAAGCCUGAAGAGAAUGAACAUUUGGGAAUGACUUGAUUGACAGGACUCCUACUUUAGUGCAUUAUCAAGGAGCAUCUCCUUCCCGUCCUCCUCUCUCCUCACUCCUCCAUCUCUCUCUCUCUAAGCUGAUUGGGAUGUGCUUUGUUCAGCCCUGGCUCUGCGGGUUUGGAGGGGUACUUCUGACUGUUGCACAAAGGCCCAUGAGCCUUGUUGUGAAGGCUAUUAGAGAAAGUUGGCUACAGUGCAAUCCCAGCCAGAGACAUAAAGAUCUUUCUUUGAUCCAAGCACAACUUUCACUGCACAGAAGCAGCUACUGCAUUGAGAAAGGGAUCAUUGCAGAGGUAUGCUUGACACAGUACACCCUGCUAGCGUUACAUAAUGUGUACUCAUGUCCUUGGCAAGAUGAAAGACAAUUUGUUAGGAGAAUGCAAGUACAUCCUGCUCUGUACCAUACUACUACAACUACUACUACUACUACUACUACUAAUAAUAAUAAUAUUAUUAUAUGCCAUUUAGCAGAAGCUUUUAACCAAAACAACAGUUUUACGUAUGGGUGGUCCCGAGAAUCGAACCCACUAUUCUGGCAUUGCAAGUGAUAUGCACUACCAACUGAGCUAUACAGGACCACUGUACCACUCACCAAAGCUCUUCUGACACACAAUCCUGCUGUCUAUGUCCAGUGCACAGAAAUAUGGGAAUUCAAAUGUGUCCUCCAUUUAGCUGAGAAGUGUGAAAGGUUUAUGAUAUUUGCCUUCUUCAUUUUGGAAAAUCAUCUAGCCUCCAGAAUAGACUUUCAAUGGGACAGAAAAAGUGUUUGGUGACGUUAUUUUGCUCAAGCCAUUCAUAAUUCCAUUAAGGUGACACAUUUAUGACCUUAUACUUGGUAUGACACAUUCUGUAGCUUAGUGCCAUAGUUGCUUUCUUGUUGUCUUUUGGAACAUCAAGCGAACACAUUUGUCAAACAAACACUUAAAUGGAUUCUCUGCUAAAGCCUUAAAGAUGUCAAGGUCAGUGGACAAAACACUGUGAAUCUGAAGUGAAAAUCCAUUUGAGAAUGGGCCGGGAUUCAAUCCGAUCAUGGGUUGUAGACAAUGCAACUUUUAAAGGCAAUCUUCCCACGUUCGGGGAGAUUGCUUUCACGGCAAAUGCAGUAUCCCACUGGGCAAAAAUUAGUUGAAUCAAUGAUGUUUCCACGUCAUUUCAACCAAAAUAAUCAAUGUGAUGACGUUGAAUCAACAUGGAAAAGUACUCAACAUAAGGGUAUUUUGUCUUUUUUCACCCAACUUAUAACAUAAUUCCAAUGACAUGUUGAAUCUUUGUAUUUAUUUCACAUCAGCUGAAAACUCAACCAAAUCUAAAUCAAAACUAGAAGUUAAACUGAUGUCGGUUCCUAGUGGGAUAUGUCGUCUCAAUCUGAAAUUCCCUUUAAAAACAGCAUUGUCUACCUGCGAUUUAAUUGAAUCCCAGCCAUAGUGUUUAUUUUCAGCAGCCUUUGGAAAGUAAAGAUGUGAGAAGCAUUAGCUUGGACUUGAUGUUGAAAUGGAAACUUCAAUAGUGGCACGGGUCAUGCUUGAAUUUGCUGGGGGUGAUGCAUUGAGGGUUUUCCUGGAAUCUGCUUUUGGGCCAGAAAAAGCUCACAAAAAGGUCAGUCAUGUAAGGUAAUGUGGAAACAAGUAAUGAUUCAGAGCUUUUUAUAGUUUUUUCUCCCACCCUUUUAGACAAAAUUGGCUUUGAAGCUUGUGUUCUUUUAUCAAGGACAGCAUUGACAGGCCAUUGAUGUGUACCCUUCAGCAGUAGGGUUGUGGUCAGUACUCCAUCCUAUCUGCCUUUUAAACAAAUAGCAAAAAGCAAUGGGAUUGUUGCAAUAUGUGCUGAGCAUCUCUUGAUAAGUAUGAUACAUAUCUCCUACCCGCACAGCCAUGUAACUGUCUACCGCUUAUCUGCUUCUUUUUAAGAGGAGCUACAGUAUCCUGACAGUUCAGAUCGCCACUUAUUGCCUUGCAGUGUGAUAUCACCUUAUCACCUGGGUCCUGUUCAUAAGGCACCAAUCAGAAGCAUACAUGUUAAGAAACAAUGAAUGUGCUUUUUGAACUUGUCCAAAAAUAACAUUUAUUUAAUUUCUGUUUUAAAAUGUUUUUCCCCCUUCGUACUGAAUGAACACUGCCUUCACUGGCUGUCUGACAUUUUCUUUUUGAUGGGCUGUUCUAAUGCCCUUUGACCUUUGUCCAGUUCAGGAAGUGCCUGAUCCAGCUCUUUACCGGCAAGCCUGUGCCAGAGAACAUGAACACGACAUCGCAGCGACCGGGAAUGACGGGGGAGAGCUGCACGGGGGGCGAGAUGUCAGCCAUUGCUGCCCGCAUCCCGGUCUGCGGCAACGCUCAGCCUAAGAAUGAGGAGGAGUCCCCCAGCGAGUGCAGUUCCUUCGCCCAGCUGCCGAUCCCAGAGAACAAAGUCUGCCCCAUGUAG